CCUCCCCGGCUGCGGUCACAUCUGCACAGCGCAGCCGGGGAGGGGCGGAGCCCUCCGGCGCGGCGCUCGGGCUCUCGCUGCUCGGCCCGCCCUGAGGGGCGUGGGAGGGCGGGGCGCGGACUUCGGCCUCCAGCCCCCGACGCUCCUCUUUCUCGGGCGCCCUCGGCCAUCCCCUGCGGUGAGGGAGCCAUGUCCGCGCUGCUGGGGCUCCCGCCCGAGGUGCGGGACACCUGCAUCUCGCUUGGGCUGAUGCUGUUGGUCGUGCUGUUCAUGGGGCUGGCCCGCGUGAUCGCCCGGCAGCAGCUGCACAGGCCCGCGGUCCACGCCUUCGUCCUGGAGUUUCUAGCCACCUUCCAGCUCUGCUACUGCACCCAUGAGCUCCAUCUGCUGAGCGAGCAGGACCCCGCGCACCCCACCUGGACGCUGACCCUCAUCUACUUCUUUUCCUUGGUGCAUGGCCUGACCCUGGUGGGCACAGCUAGCAACCCGUGCGGCGUGGUGAUGCAGAUGAUUCUGGGGUCUAUGUCCCCCGAGACGGGUGCCAUGAGGUUGCUGGCGCAGCUGGUUAGUGCCCUUUGCAGCAGGUACUGCGUAAGCGCCCUGUGGAGCCUGGGGUUGACCAAGUACCACUUCAGCGAGAGGAGCUUAGCCUGCAAGAAUCCCAUCCACACGGACCUGUCCAAAGCCAUCAUCACAGAGGCCGUCUGCUCCUUUAUUUUCCACAGCGCCCUGCUGCACUUCCAGGAGGUCCGAACCAAGCUGCGCAUCCACCUGCUGGCUGCCAUCAUCACCUUUUUGGCCUAUGCAGGAGGAAGCCUCACAGGAGCGCUGUUUAACCCCGCCCUGGCGCUGUCGCUCCAUUUUCCGUGCUUUGAUCAAUCUUUCUAUAAGUUUUUUGUAGUAUACUGGCUUGCUCCUUCUCUAGGUGUACUGCUGCUGAUCCUCAUGUUCAGCUUUUUCCUUCCAUGGCUGCAUAACAACCAAAUGACUAAUAAAAAGGAGUAACUGUUCCCAAAGACUCAAGCUAAGUCCCGGGACAGUCAAGCUGGACGUGGCAGAUCUGCUCACCUUCCAAACACUGGACUGUUUACCUCCUUCGUGGAAGGUUUUCACUACCUGGACUUAAAAUUACUGUGAAAAUGAGGUAGCCUGUAUUUCCCAGUUAAGACUUGUCCUUCUGAGUGCUGUAUUAAAUGCUGCUAGAAAAGGCUCAUUCAUUAAACCUCUAUAAAUCCAAAGUGAUUAUUAACUCUGAUGAAAAACAAGUGAAUAACAAAGUGAAGCAGGGGAGGGUCACUGGUCAGGCAGGACCAAAGAAAUCCUGUCUCAAGUGUCCCUCUGAAUGAACUGGAAUUCCAAGCCCGACUGUCUCACAGGCUCAAGAAGGUGCUUUUCAGCCACACUUUUUAGUGACACUAUCUAUCAGUGAUGGCAUGUUUUAAUAAAAAGUUGGUUUGGGAAAUACCUUUUAUACCUGCUCAUCCUCAAAAGGUUUCCCAUUGGUUCGACAGUGUCUCACUUACAGUCUGGUGGCCUGAAACUUCCUAUGUAGAUCAGGUUGGCCUCAAACAUGCAGUGGGGCUCUUGCUGCUACCUCCCAGGAGCUGAGGUUACAGGGGUGUGCUGCCACAGCCAGGUUCUUCAUUUUGUUUUUAUUUGGGGGUAAAGGACUCUUACUCUGUAGCCCAGGCUGGCCUUGAACUUACUACCAUCUUCCUGAGUGCUGGGAUUGUAAGUAUGCACUACCAUAACUGCCUCAGACAUCCUAGAUUUUAAAUAGAUUCUAAUUUAAAAUAUUUAAGUAGACAAUUUCAGUCAUAUUGAAUAGAAUAGAAUAGACACACACUAAGAUUUGAUCUUUUCACUUCCUCAAUUGCACUUGACCGCUACCUGGAGAAGCAGGUAGGUUUUCUUUCUGUUGCUUUAAUUUUCUAAUGAUACACCGAAAUGCUCAGUAACAGCUAAUGACAAAAUGUGGAUUGUCUAGAGGUGUUGUGUGACUCCACCCAAUGCUGUGGAGGCAAAUGCAAUGCUUUAUACUUCCAUUUCAGCAGCAAAAAUUCUCUUCAGUCAUCCCUGACUGGAGUAAAAGGUUCUGAAGAAAACAUUAAAUUCUUUGUAUCAAAUUUAGAAA